AUUCUCUUCGCAGGGAAGAUGGCGUCGGGCAGUGGGACGAAAAACUUGGACUUUCGCCGAAAGUGGGACAAAGAUGAAUACGAGAAGCUCGCCGAGAAGAGGCUCACGGAAGAGAGAGAAAAGAAGGAUGGAAAACCAGUGCAGCCUGUCAAGCGGGAACUGUUGCGGCACAGGGACUACAAGGUGGACCUGGAAUCCAAGCUUGGGAAGACAAUUGUCAUUACCAAGACCACCCCACAGUCUGAGAUGGGAGGCUAUUACUGCAAUGUCUGUGAUUGUGUGGUGAAGGACUCCAUCAACUUUCUGGAUCACAUCAAUGGAAAGAAACAUCAGCGAAACCUGGGCAUGUCUAUGCGAGUAGAACGUUCAACCCUGGAUCAGGUGAAGAAACGCUUUGAAGUCAACAAGAAGAAGAUGGAAGAGAAACAGAAAGAUUAUGAUUUCGAGGAAAGGAUGAAGGAGCUCAGAGAAGAGGAGGAAAAGGCCAAAGCCUACAAGAAAGAGAAGCAGAAGGAGAAGAAAAGGAGGGCUGAGGAGGACUUGACAUUUGAGGAGGAGGAUGAGAUGGCAGCUGUGAUGGGCUUCUCUGGCUUUGGUUCCACCAAGAAGAGUUAUUGAGGCUUUCUAUGCUUGGCUCUUUGCUGGGCCUCAUGUUGUAUGUGUGCAGGUCAUUUCUUUUGGGGGCACUUGGGGAAAGUCUGUAGGAGGGGCCAGGGCUGGAGAGUAGAUGAUUCUGCUUUCUCUCCACCUUGGGAGAGGGCGCAAGACAAAAGAGGUAAUGCUGUGUGUGGCACAUCCCUUCUUCCUCAGGAUAGCACUGGAGUCACAGGACCUCUGCCCAUCUGAAUUCCCAAUGAAGAAAACCUCUCCCUCUGGGGCUGUUUUCCCAAACUCCCCCUGCAUCUCCCCUUCCUCAUCUACUCAGCCCCAUUGUCUGAGCAUUCUGUGUCUAUCCCGUGUUAUGCCAUUGUUUUAAUUUUGACUUUUGCUCAGCCUGCAGCAGAAGGGUUCUCUGAGUACUCCAGUUUCCAGUUGAUGGCAUGUCCUUGGCCAGCCUGGUCGCUGUCCCAUCCUGCCCUAUGGUUCUUUAGCAGCACGCAUGCAUGUGUACUUCUGCUUGGGUCUGUGGUGUGUGUGAGUGUGUGUGUGUGCAUGAAUACGUCACGUAGAGGGAGCCUGAGCUAGAACCCCAGAGCGUUGCUGCCCUGGGGCCUGAUGUUCUCUGCUUCCUCAGAGCAUGUCACAGGAAAUUAAAUGGGAUGAGUGUUUGGUGUGGUCUGUGUCUGGUGAGUUUUUUAACUUUUUUUUUCCAGCAGCAGACUGUUUCAGCUCAUGUCUGUUUGAUUUUAUUGAGGAGUUCUGUUUCUGUCUUCCUGUGAGCAGGCUCUUUGAAGAACCUGUUUGAUGCAAAAAAGAGAAAACCUCACUGUGGGAGCCCCUGGGUGGCAGAGGCUGUUCAGCAUUUAUAAUAAAUGGCAUUAACUGGGCCUAUUUCA